UGGUGUCCUGUCGUUCAUGUUGAAGUAUUGUAUUGUGCUAGGAAAUAUAUCAAUAAAUGAUAAGCAUUUAACAUGAUUUAAUUAAUUAAAUAUUUAGGAAAUUAUUGAAUAAGGGUAGUUGAAUUUAUAAAAAUGGCAAAUCACUAUGAAGUCCCUAAUUGGGCGGGAAAGCCUCCGACCGGACUCCACUUAGACGUACUUAAAGGGGACAAACUUAUACAGAAACUAAUGUUAGAUGAGAAAAGAUGCUACCUCUUUGGUAGGAAUCCACAAAUGAAUGACUUUUGCAUUGAUCAUGCGAGUUGCUCAAGGGUCCAUGCAGCAUUUGUAUAUCACAAACACUUAAAUAGAGCAUUUCUGGUUGAUCUGGGUAGCACUCACGGAACAUACAUUGGUAACAUGCGACUGGAAGGUAAUAAGCCAACACAACUGCCUAUUGAUUCCACAUUUCAUUUUGGAGCAUCCACAAGAUACUAUGUUAUAAGAGAAAGACCAACUGGAAACUCAAGAGGUAUAAUGGAAGACUUACCAAAUGGAGAAAAAGAAGGUGCACUAUUGGGGUUACCAGAGACGCAGACUGAAUUGGAUAACCUCACUGAAUUCAACACUGCACACAACAGAAGAAUUUCUAUGCUCGGCAUUUCCAUUCCCACAGAUGACCCUGACGUCAUUAAGCCACAAACGGGCACAAAACGUCAUGCAACUACGCCCUCCGGUACAUCGAAGCACCAACGGCGGAACGUGUCUUUUAACGAAGAGGUGGACAUCAUCAACCCCGAAGACAUUGACCCAUCCAUUGGCAGAUUCAGGAACUUGGUGAGGUCGACUAUUGUGCCAACAGCUAACUUGCCUGCUAAGAAACUGAGACUGCAGACCGCAGAGGAAACACAUACCCAUCACUCACUCAGACUGCAGGAUAUGGCGAGAACUAACAACCUGUAUUCUGAUCUCCCUGCGCCAUCUUCCUCGCACUUGAGCCUUAUCGGAGCAAGGUUAGGUAUACCUCUACCCAAUCCUGCACCAGAUGUAGAGUUGGAAGGACCGGAAUCACUCAUGAAUAUGCAUUUAACACAUCCACACCCAGGUCUCGAAGAGUGUGCAGCGUCGAUCGAGCCGAAGAGGAAGAAGUACGCAAAGGAGGCUUGGCCUGGACGAAAACCUGGCCUUAUAUCCGCUAUAUGAGCAUACCUUUAUUUUCUUUACAUUGUGUAUAUGUAUUAUCAUUGUGUACUUGUGCCUAAAUAAAUAUAUUAGUAAAUGG